AUGGCAUCGAUAAGACACAAUGGACGAACAGCAGCAUCAUGGCCGUUGCAGCUGAUAAUAGGCGGUGUUUGUGUGCUGCUGACCCUUCAGGAUCAUCCCCAUAGUGGAGCCGUGGAGGCCACGAUACCGACGAUUGAUAAUAUCGUAAAAAUUCUACAAUCACCUGUCGUACAGCAACUGAUUCUUCCCCGGCCACUGAUAGCCGCCGAUCCGAGUGUUGCUGCAGACGCACCGGCGGGAGCAGAUACGCCUAAGAAAGAAUCCAAAAAGCCAUCCCCUAUGAGCGAUGAACCGUCUAAAGUGUCUCAGAAAGAGAAACGGGAACAAAGCGACGAAAGCGAUGUGCCGCCGAUACGUGCGUUCCUGAUACCCCGGACAAGAUCCUUGCCGGGCUGUCCAUUGUGUGAUGCAUCGGUGUACAGCUACUGCGACGAAAAGGUGUACCAUGAUGCGUGCUGCUGUGGUUCCAUCAAUGGUGCGGUACCGUUUGGCGGUGGUGGCGGCGGCGGCGGUGGUUUCGGAGGUUUUGGUGGCUUCGGACGACAAUUCGGUGGACCCGGGGGAUUUGGCGGUGGCUGUGGUUUCAAAGGAUGUUCCUUCCUGUACGCAAACUCGUGCUACGAACAUCAGCUAAUAGUGAACUGUUGCUGCAAUUCGCCAUACUAG